CGUCCACCGAAUGUUGUGUCAAAGUAGCCAGCAGUUGGCAUCGCAGCGCCUCGUUUCUGUCCCGGUUCUAGCUCUGGUUUUCCGAAGGUGUUUGCCUACAGACAGCGUUUUUUCCCUCGGUUCCGUUCGCGUACCAUGACCGAACAAUCAGCAUUACUUCUUCGAAAACAAUUAGCAGAGCUCAACAAGAACCCAGUGGAGGGCUUUUCAGCUGGUCUGAUAGACGAUGACGACAUAUACAAGUGGGAAGUUGUGAUAAUUGGUCCCCAAGAUACUCUCUUUGAAGGAGGGUUUUUCAAAGCAUACCUCACCUUUCCUUAUGACUAUCCGCUGCGGCCACCAAAGAUGAAAUUCAUCACAGAGAUUUGGCAUCCCAAUGUUGCAAAGAACGGCGAUGUUUGCAUCUCGAUCCUGCACGAGCCCGGAGAAGACAAGUUCGGCUACGAAAAGCCUGAGGAGCGCUGGCUUCCGAUCCACACCGUGGAGACAAUCAUGAUCAGCGUCAUCUCCAUGCUGGCAGACCCAAACAGCGAUUCCCCCGCUAAUGUGGAUGCUGCAAAAGAAUGGAGGGAGGACCCUAACGGCGAAUUCAAGAAGAAGGUGGCUCGCUGUGUAAGGAAAAGUCAAGAGAUGGCCUUCGAUUAGGGGUCCGCUAUAUGUUCCAGGUUUAAAGGAAAUGCCUUCAGCGGGAAAAACUUCAGCAAAAAGGCUUUUGCACCCUUUGUUUUGCCAGUCAAAGGAUUCGGUUGGCCCCAACCACGUUUCUGUGAACGGUCUGCCAAGAUGAGCCAAUUUGGGAACACUACCAGCGAAAUUAUCCUGUUUCCUACCUGGAAUUGUAUAUUUAAUUUAAUUUAUUUUGAAAAAAUGAAUGAUGUAAGAUAUGUCACUACUGUAAAUGGACUUGCUUUUUUAUCUGCUGCUGAACAGUUUCUACUUUCUACCAGGUUUCUUAUGCAAUUUAGUGCUCAAGAUUGUGUAGAACAAAACAAAAGCCUGUCCCCAUUAGGUCUUCGUUCGUCCUCCUUACUAACCGCCCGAUUGUUGUCAACCCAACACCUUUCUUAGUGGAUGUGAUUAUUUUUCCGAAGCUGUCGUCGAAUCACCGUUGCCUUUUGUUGGCGUCACCGUUUAACAGGCGGCUCUUUGUUUAAAGCAACCGGUUAAAGACGUUUUAGCGCGACCGUAGGGUCUUCAUGUGUUUUUCUGUGAAACUGCCUCCCGAUUGCGGUUUCUUCUAAUACCAGUGCGUGUUGGGGAUGUUUAAAGCCAUGACCUUCAAACGCGCAGAAUCCAUUUCUAGCUCUAUUGUCCGUUCAUUGCCGGGAAAUUUUUUGCAGCUUACACAUUAUUUGAAUAUUUCCGUUUCACGGUGUUUUAACUCGGACAGGUGUAGCAGACGGUACAAAAGAGGUUUGUGCCAACGUCUCAGGAUCAGGCUUUAUUAAGGUCUUGAUUGGCAGUCGACACGGUGGGACCCUAGACUUGCUAAUCCCGCCCCUCUUGGAUCCUGGUCGACAUGGAGGCCCGCGAGUGAGCUCAGUUUGCCUGUCGGUAUAAAUCAUGGCCAGUCAAACCCCAUCUCUGUAUAAAUAAACUCAGACUGUGAAUAUUCUGCAUGUAGACCGGUGAACUGGCUCCUGGUCCUUCCCUCAUGUCGGACACAAAGCAAACCUGAGCAGGUUUUACGGUCGAAAUGGUUGGUGUGCCGGGGGAAAGGCUCCUGAUUUCAGAGGCUCCAUAGUUCAGGUAGAUUAGCGGUUCUGUUGCCAUGGCACGUUUUGGCUUUUUAUUAGCGUGUGGAUUCAAUCGCACUCACUUCUGGGUUUCCACUCUUGGAUAGAGCUCCUGUAUAAGGUUUUAUUGGUCUGUUGUUGGAUAACGUUAUCCCGUUUGCUUUAUUGUUGGGAUCCUUGAUUGGAGAUGUUGAGUUGUUUUACCAUCUAGUACAGAUGGUAAAGUGGUUUAAAAAAAAUGCAUACACGAUGUUAUUAACAGACCGAUGAAGCCAUGAUUUAACCUCCAUCUAAAACGUGUUUAGUCCUGACAAACACUGAAUUCAGCUGACCAUCCUGUGGCGUGCAUGAUCCGACGUUAAGGAGUUAAGGUUAUGUUUUAAAUAGGAAACCACUGUCGGUGCCCGCUGGUUGAGUGUGCUGUGUAUAGGUAGUACGUUUCUGCAGACUGGAUGGUCACGUUCCUGCUGUUUGACGUUCCCAGGUUUACUUGAGAACCUUUCCGACCCGCCCCAUGACCUCCUCCGACCGGUGUUCACUGUAUUUGCACAGAUGCGGUGCGAUUGAAACGUCGUUGAGCAAUACCCUCUGAAAGCGGCGGCGUGCCCGGACACGUUGCCGCCCCGUGCACCGCGGCGCCAUUACUCGUCUCCUGUAGGAUCGUCGUUCGUUUUCUGGUUUUUAUUCUUUCGUUUCAUUUUUGUGUCAAUGCAAUGUAUAUUGGACAUGUUGCUCAAUAAAGUUGUGUAAACCGAG